AAAAGGCGAGGUCAGGUGUGGUGCAUGACUAUUCCCUGACCUGGUUUAGCUAUGGCAAAUCCGGAGUACGGAAGAUUCAAAUCUUGUGGGGCCGCGCAAUGCGUACUAGCUCGAGAAGGGCGUUCGUCUGCUGACCUCCGAGUCUCGCUUCCGCCAUCUGCCCGGCAAUAACGUUGGUAAAGAUAUGACUUCUCUUAGCACAGAAAUAUCGCGACGGCCGGGCCGCUCUCUCGCGUUCGCAUUCUGCUAAAGUGCGGACUUGCAACGGCCGAAUUCUGCAUCUUGUCCUGGACGUCGCCACCGAAGGGACUAUCCAUCAUGACUGAGAGGGUUCACGUUGCACCCGCUGUCCUUGCUCCCGGCGCUAUGGGUGAGGACGUCCGCGUGGAGAAGGAGAAAGAGCAGAGCGUCGAACAGCUCGAAAUCGCGCCCGACGACUUGGUUUGGGCUACGCGAGAGGCCGAGGACGUUGAACCGCCCCGGUCGUUCUUUGGCAAGUUUCUCAAGAAGAACCCUUCUCCCCAGUUCCUCGCCGAUGUCCAGAAGAUGAACACGAUCGUGCUCGACCCCGUUCAAGUCAAGCGCAUCGAACGCAAAGUGGACGCGCUCAUUAUCCCGGCUCUUGCAGUCUGCUAUGCAUUCUACUACAUCGACAAGACCACCCUUUCUUACGCCGCUAUUUUCGGACUGAAAAAGGACCUCAAACUUUUGGCGUCUGAAUACAGCUGGCUUUCUAGUCUCUUCUACUUCGGCUGGCUUGGAUGGGCUCUACCCACGAACAUGCUCAUGCAGAAGUUCCCACUCAACAAGUAUCUGGCGUUCAACAUAUUCAUGUGGGGGGUCCUCUUGAUGUGUCAAGCCGCAAGCAGGAACUUUACCGAGCUCGCUGUUCUGCGUGUCUUGUCCGGCGCGUUCGAGGCGACCGCGGACCCGGCGUUCCUUCUCAUCACUGCGACCUGGUACACAAGGGGUCAGCAGCCGAUCCGUAUUGGCUGGUGGUACUGUGCGAACGGCCUUGGUAUUGCCCUCGGCGGUCUGCUCGGGUACGCGAUCGGACAUAUCAAGGGCGCACUUUCGUCGUGGAAGUAUGAAUUCCUGAUCAUCGGCGCUCUCUGCUCCGGAUGGUCCAUCAUUCUGUUUAUCUUUGUCCCGGACUCGCCGUACACUACCCACUGGUUCACGAGGCCCGAGCGGCUGAUUAUUGUCUCGAGGAAACGGAAUGAUCAUCAUGGGCCUGAACAUCGCCAAUGGAAUGCUUCUCAGGUGCUGGAGGCUUUCAUCGACCCGAAGAUCUACCUGUUCUUCCUCUUCGGGUUCUUUGCCAAUGUCCCCAACGGUGGCACGUCCAACUUCGGCACUCUGAUCACGAAAGGGUUCGGCUUUGGCACGUUGGAGACCACCUUGAUGCAGAUCCCUUAUGGCUUCAUCAUUGUUCUUUUCAUCCUUGUCGCUAUGUAUGCAACACAGAGGAUGCCCAAGAAUACCCGUACUAUACUUAUGGUCUUGACGAACAUUCCGACUGUUGUCGGCUUCGCCAUGGUCGCCUGGGCUGAGCCGAAAGUUGCUCGACUCAUCGGCUACUGGAUCACGGGCGCCUCUAAUGCAACCUUUGUUGUUGGUCUGUCACUUGUUUCAGGUAAUGUUGGUGGUCAGACCAAGAAAGCCCUCGCAAGUGCUGCGGUGUUCUUGGGUGUUGCUACUGGGAAUAUCGUUGGACCUUUCCUCUUUUUAGACUCAGAGGCUCCUGUCUACACAACCGGGAUUAUUGGCUGCCUGGUGUCUCGUGCACUUGAGAUUGUUGUCAUUAUAAUCUUGCGCAUCCUCUUUGUGACUGCAAAUCAGCGCCGUGACAGGGCUGCUGUUGAUGGUAACAUGCCAGCAAGAGAGGACCUGGACAACGAGGAUAUCUCUGACUGGAAGAACCCACACUUCCGCUAUGUGGCUUGACACUAUUGAUGUAGUACUGUGGUUUUCAUUCACUCUUCUACUGGUCCCCAAUACUUUAAUGCAGUGAUAGCAUUGUUCAUACUGGAGAUGAAUCAUUAUGGUAUAUACU